AUGCUUGAAAUAAGUCGUUCGUCAAGUGCUAGAAAAUCUUUGUUGCUGGGCAAGAUUUACAGAAAUUAUGACAAACAAAGGGUACCUCAAGCUUCGGUAAACGUCACACAAAGACUCACACUCUCUGCCGCCGUUGUGGGAGGCGUGCAUUCCAUAACCAAAAGAAAACUUGCGCACAAUGCGGCUAUCCCUCCGCGAAGACCAGAAGCUGUUAAUAAUUGGAGCGAAAAAGGUAAACGCAGAAAGACCACAGGAACUGGACGCAUGCGUCACCUAAAACACGUGUAUCGACGUUUUAAAAACGGUUUUCGGGAAGGCGCCCAAGCCAAGAAACAAGUAACUCCGGCUGCCAGCUAA